UAUUUUUCGCUAUUUCACCUUCUAGAUCUCUUCGGCGUACCCAUUGCACACCAUGGUGCAAUUGCUAGUAAUAGAGCUACUUAGAAUCAAGUCAUGCCUUAAAGCAGGUUUUCACACACGGCAUUUUCUGCACUCAAAUCAUCUUCAAACCAUCACUGUAACGCCCAACAAACAAACCAGGUUUUAAUGGUCCAGGCUUCAGAUCUUAUGCACAACCAUUUUUGAAAUGUUAAAUUACCUUUGAGUUAUAUUUUUGAAAUAGGAGGAAGCGGAUACUUUUAAAGCAGAAAUGCUGGCCAUACUACCUGAGAAUAAGACUACAUUUGGGCGUCGUAUAAAAGAAGGUGAUUUAGUCAUUGUCUAUGAGAGACAUGAUCACAUGAAAGCUGUCACUGUAAACAGUGGGGCACAGUUUCAGAACCGAUUUGGUGCGUUUGACUACUCAGAUUGGAUUGGAAAACCUUUUGGAAGCAAGGUCUUUAAUAAAAAGGGUGGUUUUGUGCAUCUAUUGGCCCCAACGCCUGAGCUAUGGACACUUGUGCUGAGCCACAGGACACAGAUCCUAUACAUAGCAGAUAUCAGCUUUGUUAUCUUAUUUUUAGAGAUCUAUCCUGGGUGUUUGGUAAUGGAAUCUGGUACUGGAAGUGGCUCUCUCACUACUUCACUUGCACGGGCUGUUGCACCUUCGGGUCAUGUUCAUACAUUUGAUUUCCAUGAACUCCGGGCAAAUUCUGCAAGGGAGGACUUUGAAAAGAAUGGUUUGAGCAGUCUUAUAACGGUUGAAGUUCGUGACAUUCAAGGCACUGGAUUCCCAAGUAAAUUUUGUGGGGAGGUUGAUGCCGUGUUUCUAGAUCUUCCCCAACCAUGGUUGGCUCUUGCCUCAGCAGCAGAAGUAUUAAAACCUGAUGGAGUUCUAUGCUCAUUUUCUCCUUGCAUUGAACAGGUGCAGCAUACGUGUGAAGUUUUGACGAGUACAGAUUUCACAGAUGUUAGGACCUUUGAGAUCCUCCUCCGUACAUAUGAGGUUCGUGAACAUUCAUUUACAAAAAUGAUAGAUGAGCAAUCAUCUGAUGAACAUGGUUCCUUUAGUUCAUUGCCUUGUAAGAGACUCUGUUCUGAAAUAGCAAAAGAUAACAGAUCGAGUACAAGUACGCUUGAGAAAGGAGUGACAGUGAACAAUGAGAAGGUCCGAAUGAUUGUGGCCAAACCAAAUCCAGAAACAAAAGGUCACACUGGGUAUUUGACUUUUGCUCGACGCAUUGUUUAAACCUACUUGCAACACUCUCAAAGGAUGCAUUCUAAUAUGUUCAAAUUUUUGAUGAAAUAAUUAUUUAGAUGUCUUAUUGAAUAUGAGUGUGAAAAUUUUGAUGUAAAAGCCUUGAUAGAGUAUGAUUCUAUAUUUAUGCUUACAUUUUUGUCAUCAUCAUGAUUGGUACAACUGCAAAUAAUCAUCAAGGUGCCACAUGUUGGAGUACAGAGUAGCAUGGAACUUGCAUUAGCUUGACAAUCUUGUUGUUUGACAGCUUGCAUAUGAUUUCCAUAUUCUGGGAUUGUUACUCUCUUCUGAUGUUGGUGAAACCGCAAGUAAUAGAAAUCCUGUAUAUCACAAAUACUGCUUUGUUUCACCCUGUUUCAUAAAGCUUGUUUUAGUAUUUUACAAAUUUUUCAUAAAGGAAAGCUGACACAAAUCACUGUAUCUAAAUUUGAUAUGGUGAAUCUCCUAGUUCACUUCCAAUUUCUCUCUUUGGAUGAUUUAUCUGUGAUUACUGGGCAAAAGAAGUAUUCUAAAAUAACAUCACUGUUAUUCUAUACA